ACAUCCUGUCCCCUCCCAGUGCAGCUGCAGGAGCCAACAGCGUCCGUCUGUCCAGGACUGUGCUCACCCAGUGUGCUCGGACAGCCAUGGACACAGCCGGGCUCGUGGUCAUCCUCAGCCUCACGGCGCUGCUGCCCACGGACGCUGUCCCCUGCGGAGCCCAACGCCCGGACAACUCCAUGGCCUCCAAGCUGCUGGGGACGUGGCUGUACGUGGCAGGGGCUGCCCAAUUCCCCCCGCACCGCGUGGAGAUGCUGCUCAUCGACCAUGCCUACCUGCACAUGGAGCCCAGUGCCAGCGGGCAGGAGCUGCUCAUCACCCACUACGUGGCUGUGGGGGACCAGUGUUUUACCAACAACCUCACUUACUUGGAAAUCACUGGCAGUAACACCACGCUGGUGAAGCACGCCAAGACCCAGAAAACUGAAGGGAUGCUGAUGAACCUCAGCUCUGAAAACCUUUUACUCAUCCAGUACCAAAUGCAGAGGGAAAGGACGUAUUUGGGGCAGUAUCUCUACGCCCGGAACCUGAGCAUAAGCACAGCUGAUCGGGAGGAAUUUGAGCACCACGUCGAGUGCCUGGGGCUGAGGGCAGAGCAGAUCGUGUAUGCGCCAUGGAAAACGGAGGUGUGUCAAGUGAAAGAAGACAAAGGCAGCAACAGCCCACACACAGAGCCUGUGGCUGCAGGCACAGCAUCACCUGCUCCAGGUACUUCCUGGCCUGGGAGUGCAGGGAACUGACCCCACAUUGGGCAAUAAAUGUUUUCUUCAAAUUA